GUCAUUACAACAUUGUUGCCAUUUGCCUUUCCAUCUCUCUCAAUGUAUAUUUCAUAUUGACUUUCUGCUUUAGUCAGCGGCUCCUCAGCUGGAGCCGAGCCGCAGCCGCCGAAGCCGAGGCUGUGGCUGCCGUUUCUUGCUCCGGACACGGCCGGGUUUUUAUCGAUGGAUUGCUUGAAAACAUAAUGCCGAUUUGCGAAUGCAACACGUGCUACGGCGGCCGCGACUGUUCUCGAUUUUUGUCGAACUGCACUGUCGAUGCCGACAGCGGGGAUCCGAUGUUCUUGGAGCCAUUUUGGAUGGAGAAUUCGGGUAAAAGCGCGGUGGUGAUUCCCGGGUGGCACCGAAUGAGCUACGACUACGUGAAUAAUUUGUACAUUUCGGCUGAAUUAGAGACGCACAUUCGUAUGUUGCACGAUGUUGCUAGAAAUGCCGUCACGGAGGGAAGAUAUAUUGUCUUUGGUGCAGGCUCGACUCAGCUACUCAACGCUGCCGUCUAUGCACUCUCUAUGAACAUGUCGUCUCCUGCAAAGGUCGUCGCGGAAUCACCAUUUUAUCCGGUUUACAAAGAACAAACAGAGUUCUUCAACUCCAAGCAAUUCGAAUUUGUAGAUCAUUCCUCCUUAUUGAAGAAAAAUGGAGUGAAUGUCAUUGAAGAUACAAUCGAAUUUGUAACAUCGCCGAAUAAUCCAGACGGUGUAUUGAAAAAAUCUACCUUGUUUGGCCCUCGAGUUAAAACUAUACACGAUUACGCCUAUUUUUGGCCUCAUUACACGCCAAUUUCAUCGCCGGCUGAUGAAGACUUAAUGAUCUUCACAAUGUCGAAGCUCACCGGUCAUGCGGGGAGUAGAUUCGGGUGGGCUAUAGUGAAAGACAAACAAGUGUAUGAAAACAUGCUAUUAUAUAAGUCGCUUGCGGAUUCCGGGACAUCCAAAGACACGCAACUUCGGGCGUUAAAGUUGAUCAAAGUUGUUCUCGACGAUGACAAGGGGCAAGGAAUGUUUAACUUCGGUUACAAGGCAAUGAAACGAAGAUGGGAAAAGAUAAACAAUAUCUUUUCACAAUCUAAGAAUUUUCGACUCCAAAAAAUUCCUCGGGCCUUUUGUAAUUACUCUCGAAUAGUCAGAGAUGCAUCGCCAGCUUUUGCGUGGUUGAAAUGCGAGCGGGAAGAAGAUUCAAAUUGCCACCAAAUACUACGUCAAAAAGCAAAAAUAAUUGGGCGAAAAGGCAGCUCGUUCAAUGCAGAGGAUCGUUAUGUUCGACUCAGUCUUGUAAAGAGUGACGACGACUUCAACUUGCUUUUGGAUCAUUUGAAAGAGUUGAUAUCCGAUGAAGAUCGAAGAUAAAUACA